ACACAAGGAUCUGUACAAGGAGGCCAUGAUGGAGGAGCACCAGCCUGUGAUAUCACAAGAUGGCUGCAGUAGGAAAGCUCCUCCAAAGAGAUGUCCCCAUCCUCUAUAUUCCCAGGAAAGUCCAGAGGAAACUCGCAAUGUCUCAGAGAAUAAUCAGGCUCAGAAUCUAAAUGAUAUUAAGGUUGAGGUUAUAGAUGAAGAGGAGAUGGACGUAAUGGCCAAUCAGCAGUAUGGACUCAUAGAGAGCAAUUCCCCAGAUAGAUGUCCUCCUCCUCAGCGUUCCCAGGACUGUCCAGAGGAGAUGUUCAAUGUCCCGGAGGAUCAUCAGGUGUCAAAUCAAGAGGAAGAUCUGACUUAUAUUAAAGUGGAGGAUGCAUCAGAGAGGUUGGUGGACGAUCCCCUGUCUAAGAGUGAGGUGGAGGAGGACGUGACCACAGAAAAUCCCAGUAAGAACUCUACAGGAAACUUAAUGUUAUGGCUGAAUUAUAAAGUAGAAGAUCAAGGUAUCAUACAACACUCUUCAGGAGAAAACCUCAUCACCCUUAAUCUGUAUCCAGGACUUCACAUUACAGAUUUAUCAGAUAACCACCCAAGUCAUGGGGAGCCUUCUCCUGAACAAUCGCAGAUUGUUACUACAAGCACAGGCCAGAAACAGGGGAAAAGGUUUCACUGUGGUGAAUGUGGAAAACAGUUUAUGAAAAGCUCAGAUCUUGUUACACAUGGAAGAAUUCACACAGGGGAGAAGCCAUACUCCUGUUCUGAAUGUGGAAAAUGUUUUACAUCGAAAUCAAAUCUUGUUACACAUGAGAGAAUUCACACAGGAGAGAAGCUGCAUUCAUGUUCACUAUGCGGAAAAUGCUUCACCGAUAAAUCAAGUCUUGUUAGACAUGAGAGAAGUCACACAGGAGAUAAGCCAUAUCCAUGUUCAGAAUGUGGGAAAAGUUUUGUGCAGAAAUCAGAUCUUGUUAAACAUCAGCGAACUCACACGGGAGAGAGACUGUAUUCAUGUUCAGAAUGUGGGAAAAGUUUUACCUCGAAAUCAAAUCUUGUUACACAUGGGAGAAUUCACAGAGGAGAGAGGCUGUAUUCUUGUUCAGUAUGCGGGAAAUGUUUUACAUCCAAAUCGAAUCUUCUUAGGCAUGAGAGAAGUCACACAGGGGAGAAACCUUAUUCAUGUUCGGAAUGCGGGAAGGGUUUUAUUACUAAAGCUAAACUUAGGGAUCAUCAGAGAACUCACACAGGAGAGAAGCCAUUUUCAUGUUUGCUGUGUGGGAAAAGUUUUACAAAUAAAUCUAUUCUUGUGAUACAUGAGAGAAGUCAUACAGGAGAAAAGCCAUUUUCAUGUUCAGAAUGUGGGAAAUGUUUUAUUAGUAAAUCCAAACUUAAGGAUCAUCAGAGAAGACACACAAUGGGGAAGAUAUUAUGACAUUCACUCAUCAGAGAAGACACACAAGGGAGAAGAUAUUAUGACAUUCACUCAACUCAUCAGAGAAGACACACAGGGGAGAAGAUAUUAUGACAUUCACUCAUCAGAGAAAACACACAGGGGAGAAGACAUUAUGACAUUCACUCAUCAGAGAAGACACACAGGGGAGAAGACAUUAUGACAUUCACUCAUCAGAGAAAACACACAGGGGAGAAGACAUUAUGACAUUCACUCAUCAGAGAAAACACACAGGGGAGAAGACAUUAUGACAUUCACUCAUCAGAGAAGAGACACAGGGGAGAAGACAUUAUGACAUUCACUCAUCAGAGAAGACAUACAGGGGAGAAGAUAUGACAUUCACUCAUCAGAGAAAACACACGGGAGAAGAUAUUAUGACAUUCACUCAUCAGAGAAGACACACAGGGGAGAAGAUAUUAUGACAUUCACUCAUCAGUGAAGACAAACAGAGGAGAAGAUAUGACAUUCACUAAUCAGAGAAAACACACAGGGGAGAAGAUAUUAUGACAUUCACUCAUCAAUGAAGACACACAGAGGAGAAGCCAUCUUGACAUUCACUCAUCAGAGCAGACGCAGAGGAGAAGACUUAUGGCUUUCACUCAUCAGAGAAGGCACAGAAGAAGAGCCGUUUUACAAGAAAAUGAAGUUUAGACACUCAUCAGAGAGGCCACAUAGAACAGAAACCAUAUUCUUGUUUCUGAUAAGGGCAAUGCUAAGCUAAGCCUUUACGUGUAAUUGGCUUGGAUGUGCCAAGCACCCAAAUUAUAUUUACCGAGGGUCAGCUGUGACCGGAAUCCAUAAAGGAAAAGCCUUGUAGAUAUGAAGAGACUCCUUAACAUUUACAGCAGUGAAGCAGAAUUGUCAUCAUGAACUUUGCGUCUUGUUAUUGUAUUCCUACAUCAACCCUCACUGCAGUAAAUUUUAUUUUUAAUGUAUGUGGACAUACCAGGUGUUUUACCUUCAUUCAUACGGUAUAUAAAGAUCAUGGAAUUAAACAAAAACAAUUAAAAUUUAGAAAGACUCUUAGAUCUGCCAUUUUCUUCUAAGGCUCAAAUACCUGGUACUGCCCCUUUAGCAAAGACAGCCUCCAACAGACUUCCAUUAUAAGGCCUCACCCACACUUGUGUAUUUUUGUCAAGCUAGUAGAUCCAACUUUUCUGUGUUGUACUUCUAGUUUUGGGUAGAAUCCAUAUUUGACUUGAACAUUAAAGAAUCCUCCUGAUUUUUAUCUACCCAGCUAUCCCUUGAUGGGUUUACUGGUAUGUGGAGAACCAUUGCCAUGUUGCAAGGUCUACUUUGAGCUCAUUAUCAUCAAGCGAACUCUGGUACAAUGAAGAACUCAUAGUAGAUUCCAUGAUGAGGAGCUGCCCAUGCAGUAAAACAGCCCUAGACCAUAACAACUUCACCACCAUACUCUCAAGCCGGUGUAUUUGUGUUACAAAGUGGAUGUGGACCCACUGUGUACUGAAUAGAUUUGACUUCACAAUACCCCAAAUGGUACUAUUUAAGUGGCCUACCUUGUCUUCACACUUUAACUCCUAUACAGGCAUCUGGCUCAGCUGCAGGGGAACCACCUGGCCGCUACCUCCUGUAGUAAGUCACUGCUGACCCAUGGG